GCGGAAGCGCGCUGCGCCUUUAAAGAAAGCAGACUCCAGGCCGUGACGCACUUCUGGCUGUCAGCCAGGAAGAUCGCUCCUGCCAGGCUGACUGGAGAAAACCAACAACUUUUCUUUUGUGUGUGAGGUUACUUUCCACCGCCCCCCUUCCUCCCGUCCUUUCAAGAUUUAAAUGCUAAUGGCGGAUUAAACCCCGUAGGUACGGUUGGCUUUAGGACUCCGGUACGUUGGGGUGACUGACUGGGAUCACCAAGAUGACGCUCCACGCCACCCGGGCAGCUGCACUCUUGUCUUGGGUGAACAGUCUGCGUGUGGCUGAUCCUGUGGAGGCCUUGCAGCAGCUCCAAGACUGCAGCGUCUUUAUCAAGAUCAUUAACAGCAUCCAUGGCACUGAAGAGGGCCAGCAAAUCCUGCAACAGCCAGUGCCAGAGAGACUGGACUUCGUGUGCAGUUUUCUGCAGAAAAAUAGAAAAUUUCCUUCUUCUCCAGAAUGUGUGGUGUCUGCACAGAAGGUGACGGAGGGGUCAGAGCUGGAAUUGGCCAAGAUAACCAUGCUGCUCUUGUACCAUGCGACCAUGAGCUCCAGAAGUUCCCGGGACUGGGAACAGUUUGAGUACAGGAUUCAGGCUGAGUUAGCUGUCAUCCUGAAGUUUAUGUUAGACCAUGAAGAUGGAUUGAAUCUUAAUGAGGACCUACAGAACUUUUUGGCAAAAGUUCCUGUCUCUUCCACCUGUUCCAACACAUUGCCUGAAGAGUUCUCCCCACCUAGCCACCAGGGCAAGAGGGAUGUUCGCUUUCUAGAGCUACAGAGAAUUGCUUCCUCUUCCAGUGGGAACAGCUUCCCCUCAGGUUCUCCAGCCUCCCCCAUGGGUGACAUCCUGCAGACCCCACAGUUCCAGAUGAGGCGGCUGAAGAAACAACUGGCAGAUGAAAGAAACAACCGAGAUGAGCUGGAACUGGAGCUGGCCGAGAACCGCAAACUCCUCACCGAAAAAGACGCACAGAUAGCCCUGAUGCAGCAGCGCAUUGACCGCCUGGCUCUGCUGAGUGAGAAGCAGGCAGCCAGCCCACCAGAGCCCAGGGAGCUUGAGGAACUACACAGCAAGAACGAGAGCCUCACCAUGCGGCUGCAUGAGACUCUGAAACAGUGCCAGGACCUGAAGACAGAGAAAAGCCAGAUGGAUCGCAAGAUUAACCAGCUUUCCGAGGAAAAUGGCGACCUUUCCUUUAAGCUACGGGAGUUUGCCAGUCACUUGCAGCAACUCCAGGGUGCUCUCAAUGAGCUAACAGAGGAGCACAGCAAGGCCACUCAGGAGUGGGUGGAGAAGCAGACCCAUUUUGAGAAGGAGCUCAGCACGGCCCUGCAGGACAAGAAAUGCUUUGAAGAAAAGAAUGAAAUCCUUCAGGGAAAAGUUUCACAGCUGGAAGAGCAGUUGGCUCGGCUGCAGGAGAACCCUCCUCACGAGAAGGGUGAGGUACUGGGCGACGUCCUGCAGCUGGAGACCCUGAAACAAGAGGUAGCCACUCUUGCUGCAAUCAACGCCCAGCUCCAAGCCAGGGUGGAGGCACUGGAUCAUGAGCGAGGCCAGCAGGAAGCCCAGCUGCUUGCUGAGAGGGGCCGCUUUGAAGAAGGAAAGCAGCAGCUGGCCAGCCUGAUUGCCGACCUGCAGAGCUCUGUCUCCAGCCUGGGUCAGGCCAAGGAGGAGCUGGAGCAGGCCUCCAAGGCUCAGGGGGCCCAGCUGACUGCCCAGGUGGCCUCUUUGACUGCAGAGCUCACCGCACUCAAUGCUACCCUCCAGCAGCAGGAUCAGGAACUGAGCAGCCUGAAGCAGCAGGCCAAAGAGGAGCAGGCCCAGCUGGCACAGACCCUCCAACAGCAAGAACACACCUCGCAGGGCCUCCGUCACCAGGUGGAGGAGCUGAGCAGCAGUCUGAAGGAGAAGGAGCAGCAGUUGCAAGAGGCAGCCAAGGAGCAGGAGGCCACCAAGCGGGACUUGGCCCAGCAGCUGGCCAAAGCAGCCGAUGUUCGAGAGGCUGCCUUAAGGGAGAGGGAUGCUACUCGCCAGCAGCUGGAGGCACUGGAGAAGGAGAAGGCUGCUAAACUGGAGAUUCUGCAGCAGCAACUUCGGGAAGCCAAAGAGGCCCAGGACAGUACCCAGACCUCAGUGACACAGGCCCAGCGGGAGAAGACAGAGUUAAGCCAAAAGGUAGAAGAACUCCAAACCCAAGUUGAAGCAGGCCACCAGAAAUGGCGCGAGGCCCAGGGUCGGGUGACAGAGCUGGAAGCCCAGCUGAAGGCUGAGCAACAAAAAGUAACUGAGCGAGAAAGAGUGGCCCAGGAGAAAGGCCAGCUCCAGGAGCAGCUCCAGGCCCUCGAGAAGUCCUUGAAGAUCGCCAGGGGCAGCCUGGAAGAGGAGAAGCACAGAGCCACAGAUGCCCUGGAGGAGAAGCAGCGCCAGGUCUCUGAGCUGGAGGCAGAGUCUCGAAGCCUGGCAGAACAGCGGAAGCAGGCACGGAAGGAACUAGAAGAAGAGAAGGCUGGGCGCAAGAGGCUAGAGGCCCGAUUGCAGCAGCUUGGAGAGGCACAUCAGGCUGAGAAGGAAGCCCUGCGGCGGGAGCUGACAGAGGCUGCAGCCUCCCAGCGCCGGGCUGAGAGUGAGUGUGAACAGCUCAUCAAGGAGGUGGCAACCUGGCGGGAGCGGUUUGAGGAGAGGCAGCGGGAGGAGGCACAGUAUGAUGCUGCCUUCCAGGAACAGCUGAUGACCCUGAAAGAAGAGUGUGACAGGGCCCGCCAGGAACUGCAGGAGGCAAAGGAGAAGGUGGCAGAGAUAGAGUCCCACAGUGAGCUCCAGAUCAGCCGGCAGCAGAGCGAGCUGGCUCAGCUCCAUGCCAACCUUGCCAGAGCCCUCCAACAGGUGCAGGAGAAAGAAGUCAGGGCCCAGAAGCUGGCAGAUGACCUCUCUACUCUGCAAGAGAAGAUGGCGGCCACUAGCAAGGAGGUAGUCCGCCUGGAGGCCUUGGUGCGCAAGGCAGGUGAGCAGCAGGAAACAACCUCCCGGGAGUUAAUGAAGGAAUCCCCGAAGGCUGGAGACAGAGAGUCCGAGUGGCUGGAAGAGCAUCCAGGACGGCCAUUCUGCAGCACGCAGGCAGCACUGCAAGCCAUGGAGCGUGAGGCCGAGCAGAUGGGCAGUGAGCUGGAGAAGCUACGGGCAGCGCUCAUGGAGAGUCAAGGGCAGCAGCAGGAGGAACGUGGGCAGCAGGAAAGAGAGGUGGCAAGAUUGACCCAAGAGCAUAGCCAGGCCCAAGCUGACCUUGCCCUGGAGAAGGCAGCCAAGGCAGAGCUUGAGAUGCGGCUGCAGAACGCUCUCAAUGAGCAGCGCGUGGAGCUUGCCAGCUUGCAGGAGGCGCUGGCCCAAGCCCUGGCAGAAAAGGAGGGCAAGGACCGGGAGCUGGCCAAGCUUCGUGGGCAGGAAGCAGCCCAAAGAACAGAGCUGAGGGAGCUUCAGCAAACCCUGGAGCAGCAGAGGGCACAGCUGGACCAGAAAGAAAAGGAACACCAGCAUUCUGCAGGCGUGGCUGAUGGAGAAGUUGCUUCUGCAGGAGCCCGCUUGGAGGCAGCUGGCAAGCUGGAGGCUCCGGUGCCUGAGCUGGAGGCGCUGCGGGCAGAAGUGAGCAAGCUGGAGCAGCAGUGUCGUCAGCAGCAGGAGCAGGCCGACAGCCUGGCGCGCAGCCUGGAGUCUGAGCGCGCUUCCCGGGCCGAGCAGGACAAGGCCCUAGAGACUCUGCGGGGCCAGCUAGAGGAGAAGGCCCGGGAGCUGGGGCACACUCAGGCUGCUUCAGUGUCCGCCCAGAGGGAGCUGACCACCCUCCGUGCCAAGGCUCAGGACCACAGCAAGGCCGAGGAGGAGUGGAAGGCCCAAGUGGCCCGGGGCCAGCAGGAGGCAGAGAGAAAAGGCAGCCUCAUCAGCAGCUUGGAGGAGGAGGUAUCCAUCCUGAACCGGCAGGUCCUGGAGAAGGAGGGAGAGAGCAAGGAGCUCAAGCGUCUGGUGGUAGCCGAGUCAGAGAAGAGCCAGAAGCUGGAAGAGAGGCUGCGCCUGCUCCAGGCUGAGACAGCCAGUAACAGCGCCCGGGCGGCUGAACGCAGCUCGGCUCUGCGGGAGGAAGUGCAGAGCCUCCGGGAGGAGGUGGAGAAGCAGCGCGGGGCCUCGGAGAGCCUGCGGCAGGAGUUGGCCUCGCAGGCCGAGCGAGCCGAGGAGCUGGGCCAGGAACUGAAGGCGUGGCAGGAGAAGUUCUUCCAGAAGGAGCAGGCCCUGUCUGCCCUGCAGCUGGAGCAUACCAGCACACAGGCGCUAGUGAGCGAACUGCUGCCGGCCAAGCACCUCUGCCAGCAGCUGCAGGCCGAGCAGGCGGCAGCCGAGAAGCGCCACCGGGAGGAGCUGGAGCAGAGCAAACAGUCAGCCGGCGGGCUGCGGGCAGAGCUGCUGCGGGCACAGCGGGAUCUGGGGGAGUUGGUGUCCCUGCGGCAGAAGUUGGCUGAGCAGGAGCGGGCGGCCCAGCAGCUGCGGGCUGAGAAGGCGAGCUACGCGGAGCAGCUGAGCAUGCUGAAGAAGGCGCACGGCCUGCUGGCAGAGGAGAACCGGGGGCUGGGGGAGCGGGCCAGCCUCGGCAGGCAGUUUCUGGAAGAGGAGCUGGACCAGGCCCGGGAGAAAUACGUCCAGGAGUUGGCAGCAGUGCGGGCAGACGCCGAGUCCCGCUUGGCUGAGAUGCAGCGGGAGACGCAGAACGCUGCCCGGGAGCUGGAGGUGAUGACCGCCAAGUACGAGGGUGCCAAGGUGAAGGUCCUGGAGGAGAGGCAGCGCUUUCAGGAAGAGAGGCAGAAACUCACUGCCCAGGUGGAGCAGCUAGAGGUAUUUCAGAGAGAGCAGUCUAAGCAGAUGGAAGAGCUGAGUAAGAAGCUGGCUGAGUAUGACCAAGCCAGCAAGGUGCAGCAGCAGAAGCUGAAGGCUUUCCAGGCCCAGGGAGGUGAGAGCCAGCAGGAGGCCCAACGCCUCCAGGCCCAGCUGAACGAGUUGCAGGCCCAGCUGAGCCAGAAGGAGCAGGCAGUUGAGCACUACAAGCUGCAGAUGGAGAAAGCCAAGACCCAUUACGAUGCCAAAAAGCAGCAGAACCAAGAGCUGCAGGAGCAGCUGCGGGACCUGGAGCAGCUGCAGAAGGAGAACAAGGAGCUUCGGGCAGAAGCCGACCGCCUGGGCCGGGAGCUGCAGCAGGUAGGGCUCAAGACCAAGGAGGCUGAACAGACCUGCCGCCACCUUACCGCCCAGGUGCGCAGCCUGGAGGCACAGGUGGCUCAUGCAGACCAACAACUUCGAGACUUGGGGAAAUUUCAGGUGGCAACUGAUGCCUUAAAGAGCCGAGAGCCGCAGGCAAAGUCCCAGCUGGAUUUGAGUAUCGACAGCCUGGAUCUGAGCUACGAGGAGGGGACCCCACGCCCUAUCACCAGCAAGCUGCCACGUACCCAGCCAGAUGGCACCAACGUUCCUGGAGAGCCAGCCUCACCCAUCUCCCAGCGCCUACCCCCCAAGGUAGAAUCCCUGGAGAGUCUCUACUUCACCCCCAUCCCUGCUCGGGGUCAGCCCCCCUUGGAGAGCAGCCUGGACUCCCUGGGGGACGUCUUCCCGGAUUCGGGCCGUAAGACCCGCUCUGCUCGCCGGCGCACCACGCAAAUCAUCAACAUCACCAUGACCAAGAAGUUAGAUAUGGAGGAGCCAGACAGCGCCAACUCAUCCUUCUACAGCACACAGUCUGCCCCCGCCUCCCAGGCCAACCUCCGAGCUGCCUCCUCCACGCAGUCGCUAGCUCGCCUUGGCUCUCCCGAUGAUGGCAACUCAGCCCUGCUCAGCCUGCCUGGCUACCGGCCCACUACUCGCAGCUCUGCUCGCCGCUCCCAGGCAGGGGUAUCCAGUGGGGCCCCACCAGGAAGGAACAGCUUCUACAUGGGCACGUGCCAAGAUGAGCCCGAACAGCUGGAUGACUGGAACCGCAUUGCAGAGCUGCAGCAGCGCAACCGCGUGUGCCCCCCCCACUUGAAGACCUGCUACCCCCUGGAGUCCAGGCCUUCCCUGAGCUUGGCCACCAUCACCGACGAGGAGAUGAAGACUGGAGACCCCCGGGAGACCCUGCGCCGAGCUAGCAUGCAGCCGGCCCAGAUUGCAGAAGGAGCUGGCAUCACCACCCGGCAGCAGCGCAAACGAGUCUCCUCAGAGACCCACCAGGGCCCUGGCACCCCUGAGUCCAAGAAGGCCACCAGCUGUUUUCCACGCCCCAUGACUCCACGGGACCGGCACGAAGGACGCAGACAGAGCACUACAGAGGCCCAGAAGAAAGCAGCUCCUGCUGUCUUGAAGCAGGCUGACCUACGCCAGUCCAUGGCCUUCAGCAUCCUCAACACACCGAAGAAGCUGGGGAGCAGCCUUCUGCGGCGAGGAGCCUCAAAGAAGGCCCCAGCCAAAGCCUCCCCCAACACCCGCAGUGGGACUCGUCGCUCUCCACGCAUCGCCACCACCACAGCCAGUGCCGCCACUGCUUCUGCCAUUGCUGCCAGCACUGCCACCCCUAGGGCCAAGGGCAAGGCAAAGCACUAAGGAGCCAGUACCAGUGCUGGCCUCACCCGGUCCACUUCCUUCUACUGUCCCUCAGUGCCUUCUCUCAGCUCCCAGGCCGGUGGUGGCCAAACCCCCAGAGACAGUGACGCCUGCCUGUACCCUGGCCUGAUAUCCGGACCUUGACUGGUGCCGUCUCGAGGCACCGUCUCAGAGCUGGCCCGGAGGCUUGUCACAUGGACAGGGUGGGCCUUCUCUCAUCUUUGCCUCCCGAUUCUUUUCUUGGGGCAGUCACUUCUCCAUCAUAGCCUGAUUAGAGGCUGCAUCUGAGAUUGAAAUCUGUGAAACUAGCCAGUCCUUCUCAGCCUCUGGAUCUAGAAGGGACCAUUGGAGAAGCUGCUCCGGGCCUACAGGAGGCCCUUGCUCCUGAAGCCCAGGAUUGGGCUUCACCUGAUAGGAGCUCCUGCCCCAGUGCUCCAUCCACCCAAGGGCACAGCUGUCCAGAGAAUGCUUUCUUCCCCACGUGCCCCUUCGCCCCCAAGGACUAAUAGGCCCUGGGGUCUCAGGGCUGGGGUAGGAGCAGCCCUUGACAAUAGCUCACAAUCCCAUUUAACCCAAACUUGCACUGGGGUGGGAUUUGGAAUGAGGGGAAGGUUUUUAAGAGUCGGGAUGGAUCUUUUCUAAAUGUUAUUACUUGUAAAUAAAGUCUAUUUUUCUCCCUUGA